UCAUUACGUUUUCACCCCGCGUAUCCUGACAGAAUGGGUCCUUAGCUUGUUACGAUACGACCUCACUGCAGCUCAAUCAGAUGUGACCGACAGCGUGCUGGUGGUGGUCGCACACGAGGCAAAAAGGCUUUUCAGAGACCGGCUAGUUUCUUCCAAAGAUCUCUCUACCUUUGAUAACAUCCUCUCCUCCGUCAUCCGCGGGGACUGGAGCUCUGAUGCUCUUGAAAACAUGACUGAUGGCUUUUACGUAACGUGGGGAGUCUCUGAGGGGGUUGUAAUGACUCCAGGCCAGUCUCUGCCUCCUCAUGGUAAACAACUGGGACGUCUGCAGUCUUCUGACCUCAAGCAAGUCAUUCAGAAGGGACUAGUGCUGUACAGCCGUGAUAACAGAGAGCUGGAUCUCCUCCUUUUCUGGGAAGUGUGUGACUUUGUGUCCAGGCUCGAUCGAGUGCUGAGCCGGCCCGGUGGCUCUGUCCUCCUGGCGGGUCGGAGUGGGGUCGGGCGGCACACAGCCACAUUCCUGGUCUCACACAUGCAUGGAUACUUCCUGUUUACACCAAAGAUCUCUCGUGGUUAUUCCCUGAAGCAUUUUAAGAAUGAUCUCAAGACGGUGAUGCAGUUGGCUGGACUAGAAGGGCAGCAGGUUGUCUUCCUGUUGGAGGACUAUCAGUUUGUCCACUCUGCUUUCUUGGAGAUGGUCAACAGCCUGCUCUCAUCUGGUGAGGUUCCUGGACUGUACACCCCAGAAGAGCUGGAGCCUCUUCUCUCUUCUCUCAAAGAUUCAGCUUCCCAGGAUGGAUUUACUGGACCCCUAUACAACUACUUCUCCUUCAGAAUCCAGCAGAAUCUCCACAUCGUUCUAAUCAUGGACUGUUCAAACCCCAACUUCACCAUCAGCUGUGAGAGCAAUCCAGCUUUUUACCGCAAGUGUUCUGUCCAGUGGAUGGAAGGUUGGUCUGAAAGCAGCAUGAAGAAGAUACCUGAGCUGUUACUUGCA